AACAUUCUAAGAAUUUUUAGGGGAUAUCCCGUGUAAUUAUGUUAGUUUGAACGAGUAUAAAAAGCCUGCAGAUAGAUAUUCAUGAUAGCAUUUGUGUAGAGGUCUAAACAUCGCGACAUAUUAAUUUUAAGUGCAACAGAAUAACAGAAAAAUUUAACAUCAGGAUGCCAUCAGAAAGACUUGGAUUACGAGCGUGGCUUGAGCAAAAGAUAGACAACCGUGAGUUUCCUGGGGUGGAAUGGCUAGAUCGUAGCAGGGGCACAUUUGUUAUUCCUUGGAAGCAUGCAUCAAGACAUGGUUGGGAACAGAACCAAGAUGCUGCUCUGUUCAAAGCAUGGGCAAUAUACACAGGUCGAUAUGUUGAAGGUGAAAAACCUGAGCCGAAGACAUGGAAAGCAAAUUUUCGAUGCGCUGUUAACGCCUUACCUGAUAUUAGUAUUGUAAAGGGUAAGGGACAGUGUAAAGGAAAGAACGCUCAUCGUGUAUUUGUUUUCACAAGAAAAAGAAAAAGCAAAAUGUAUGUGAGUUCUCGGAAUCCUGGUAUAAAGAUGAGCAGUAUGGAUAAGAAUCAAGUAAACAGCCAAGACGAUGAAGGAAGCAUGACAUCAGAAAAGCGUUAUAACACCAGACCUUCAAAGCAAACUCAUGUUCGUAUUAAAGAAGAGCCCUGCGAUGAAGGGUAUAAUUUAAAUAAUGGCGGCAGCUGUUACCAUAACAACUACAGUCCUAUGACGAAACGAAUAAAACUUGACCAUGACGAAAUAAAAGAAGAAACAAAAGAAUUUAUAACUGAAAAGAGACAACCAGGAUUAUAUUCCCUGUCAGAAAUUUUGAAGAUUAUCCCGCAGAUACAAAUGGGACGCAUGUCUUCUCCACAGAUGCAACACAAUCAACAAACGCAACCCGCUUACUAUAAUGCGCCUUCUUUUUUCGAAGAAAAAAUGGACGAUGAAGAAUUUAACCGGUUAGCAAGAGAUGUAUCCGAUUCGGAAAACGGAUUUGAUGACGACUUCAAUGAAAUACUAUACCAUGCACAAACUGCUGACUCGACAUCUGAUGCAAGUGAUAUCGAGGAGCUGGCUAUGCAAGAGAUAUUCGACGAUUCAAAAAGUUACAGAAGCUCAGUAUCAGAUGAUGAUCUACAAAAUGUAUUUGUACCUGAAAAUCACCAAGAAAUGUAUCAACCAAUGGGCGGACAAUUUCACAACAUGAAUCUUCUUUCAUCAUUUUUACCAAAUGUAUGGAACGACCCAUUUCUAGGCUCAGUCCAACAGCAAACACCUCCAGACAUGAUAGGAGUUUUGGCGCAAGCUUUGAGGCAAGAGCUGCUUUAAAAACCGCAACGGAGGAGACUACCUUCUUUCAACAGACUUUCCCAAAACUUUAAUUCCCCAAUGGCGGGAAUGCAUUGCGCCAAAUGUCAACAUGGCUCAGAAUACUCGGAUGUGGUUGUAAUAGAAACAAACCCACGAUGUCGUAAAAUGAUAGCGACAGUUCGUUCUUCAUGUCGUCAACAUGAUCAUAAAGACAAGAUAAAAGAUUCAUAUUUGAGAUAAUGUAAAUAUAUCGGAUACAAUGUAUAUAAUAUAGUUUGACCAUAGAUAUUGUAUAUAGUGUUUAUAUAUUUUUCACCUAUUUUUUCA